CAAGAGUGAAAACAAAACAAAAACAAAAACCCGCGUUCCAAUAAAAUAGUCUCGUCUGGAUAGUAAUUAGAGAUGACUGUCCCUUUCUCAAGCCUUCAACUGUCCACCCAUGUUACACCCGAAGUCGCCUGACCCAGUUGGCAAGGCCAUGACGUCACAGGGCGGGAUUAUGGGGGGAGGGGUCAGGGAAAGGUCAUGACCAGAAGAUUCUGCGGGGAUGGAGUAAGUAGUGUGGCUUGACGGUUGAGAGAGGCUUAUUCAGUCUGGACGUGACAGUGGAGAUACGGCAGGCCAGCCUCUGAGUGAAACUACAGUUGUGCGGCAAUGAUCUUUGCUGUGUUUUUGUGCGACUAGUCCACCCGGGAGUACCCAUCGCGGACUGACGUGUAGGGUACAGUGUGUUACCAGGCAAGAACUGAAAGUACUCCGCCACUUCAACGAUUAUAUAGGUUAGUUAAACUGAUGGGUUUUUUGUUUGUUUUUUGUUUUUUUUCGCGAUAUACGCAGAUUGUCUCGUGUGAAAAUUCAGUCUACUUUAACAAACAAAAAAACUCAAACGUAAAGUAAUAGGAACAGGAAGCUAUGUCGGCCAGAAACAGUCAGGUCCAGGUCCCAUGUAUGAUCAGCAUAAAGAGCGAACCGACCUCUGUAGCUGAUCACAUAAAAUCUGAGUUUCAGCAGUCAACCUGGAAACAUGAACCAGGUGUAAAACUGGAGUUCAGUUCUCAAGAUGUAACUUGUUUAAUUAAGCAGGAUCCUGACAAGAAUUCUGUGACUGGUGCAAAGACAGAAGAGCAGCUUGUGUUCAAGCAAGAAGAUCCUAGUCAUAUGGUGAAACUAGAGCAUGCUACACACAUUGAGCAGUCAGACUGCAAGUGUGAAAGAACUUUGAAACUGGAGUACCACUUUCAGUGUGCCAAUUGUUCAAUUAAACCUGAGCAAGAUUUUGUGCAUACAGAAAAGACAGAAGAGCAGAUUGUGACUAAAGAAGAACAAGAAGGCAGUCAAAAGGAGAAGAUUAAGACAGACAGACCUGCAAUAUGGCAGAAUGACAGUAAUGAGAAAUGUGAAGAAAUGAGUGUUCAUAGGUGUAACGCUUAUGAGGUUAUGGAUAAUGAAGAAAGUCAACAGAAUAAGACCCACAGUGAUGUGCAACUUCACCCUCACCAGUGCAGCUUAUGUAAAGCUGCCUUUAAGAUCUCAAGCCGUUUAAAACGACACAUGCUUGUCCACAGUGAUGAGAGAUCUUUUCAGUGUAGCUUGUGUAAAGCUGCCUUUAAGCUCUCAAGCCACUUAAAAAGACACAUGCAGGUCCACAGUGAUAAGAAAUAUUACCAAUGUAGCUUGUGUAAAGCUACAUUUAAGCGCUCAAGCCACUUAAAAAGACACAUGCAUGUCCACAGUAAUUUGAAACCCAUCCAGUGUACUUUGUGUAAAUUUACUUUUAAGAACUCAAAGUACUUAAAGCAACACAUGAUAGUCCACAGUGAUGUGAAACCUAUCCAGUGCAGUUCGUGUAAAGCUACAUUUAAGUGUUUAAGUUAUUUAAAGAAACACAUGGCCACACACAGUGAUGUGAAAUCUUACCAGUGCAGCUUGUGUCCAGCUACAUUUAAGUGGUCAAGCAAUUUGAAAAGGCACAUGCUGGUCCAUAGUAGUGAGUAACCUAGAAAGUACAGUUUUUAAUGCUGAAGAGAUUUAAACGGCCACAUGCUCAUUGAUGUGAAAACUAAGCAGUGCAGAUUUUGUCAAGCUACAUUUAAAUGAUCCAAUCAUUUAAAAGGACUCAUGCUGGCCCAGAGUGAUGAGAGAUGUCAACUGUCUACUGUAUGUUAUAUAGCUUUCAAAAGAUGAUGUACCUUAAAAACAGUACAUGGUGUUACACAUUCGUGUGGAAUCUCACCAGUGUAAUGUAUGUAAAGCUGCUUUUAGGCACUGAGACCAUUUGUAAAGGCAUUUACUGACCCACAGUUAUAUUAAAGCUCAAUAGUGCAGUGUACAUAAAGUUGCUAUAAGAAGAUCAUUUGUCAACGAGUAUGUGGUGUGAGAGUGAUGAGAGACCUCACAGGUAAGGGGUGUAAUAAGUUGUUUACAAGUUGCCAGACCAGGCUAUUUGACAAAACGCUUACUGAUAUCAGUAAAAAUCAUUAUGCAUGAAGAAGUGGCGAAUAACUUCACUAGUGCAGUCUGUGUGUUAAUUUUUCAUCUGAAGAUUAAUAAUUUGAAAGAGCAACUUGAGCUUAGAACAUUUUGACUUCAGGUUUUCUUGAUUCACACAUGCCUUGAAUGAUUUUAUUAUCUUUUAGAAUUUAGACACUAUAAGAAUCUAGCAUGCCUUUGAGUGCAUGGUUUGCUAAGUAUUGUGUUUUACGUUGCUGUUGCUAAUGUCAAAUAGCAUGUCAGGUUGCAUCAUCAUCAGCAUCCUAAGUUUGAUUGAAAGCUAUUAAAAAGUUAAAAUUCUGAUUGAAGGCUAUUCAAAAAAAGUAGAUUUUUCUAUUAGAGAAAGAGUUUAUUUUAACAACAAAUCCUGACAUUGCUGAGAGUGUCAUGUGUACAGUGUGUAAAGCUGCCUGUUGGAUCCAAGCUCAUUUAAAAAGCCACAUGAUAAUUCAAAGUGCCAUGAACUCCUGUCAGUACACAAAGAUAUUUUAUUUCUUUGAAAAGCCAAGAUUCACUAUACUAUUUUUCUUUGUUCAAUAACAUUCUUUGCUUUUAUAUAUUAAUAACAUUUGACAUUGCAACAUUUAUUUGAAAAGUAAUA